CCGCCAGGCACCGCUCGCUCUUUAAAUACAUCCAUUGACACCCCGAGAGGAUCAUUAAACACUCCACAAUUGCCAAACCACCUCUCAAAUCCUCAAUCACACCAUCAUCACAAUGGCUCCCAAGGUUCUCGUCGUUCUCUCCUCUCACGACCACCACAAUGCCAACGCCAAGCCCACCGGUUGGUACUUGCCCGAGUUUGCCCACCCCUGGGACGUCCUCCAGGGGAAGACCGAGCUUGUGAUUGCUUCCCCCAAGGGUGGCAAGGCCCCCCUCGACCCCGGCUCCGUCGAGAUGUUCAAGGAGGACCCCGUCUCCUCCAAGUUCCUGAAGGAGCAGGAGGCUCUCUGGACCAACACCGUCAAGCUCUCCGAUGUCAACGUGUCUGAAUUUGACGCCAUCUUCUACGUUGGUGGUCACGGACCCAUGUACGAUCUCUACAGCGACUCCACCUCCCUGGCUCUGAUCCAGGCUUUUGCUGCCGCCAAGAAGCCCGUUGCUGCUGUCUGCCACGGUCCCGCUGUUCUCGUCAACGCCACUACUCCCUCUGGAACCCCUCUGUUGGCCGGUGCCGAGGUCACCGCUUUCUCCAACGUCGAGGAGGACCAGGUCCAGCUCAGCUCCAUCAUGCCCUUCAUGCUCGAGGACGAGCUCAAGCGCGUGGGUGCCACUUACGUCCGUGCUGACCCCUGGGCCGAGAAGGUCGUUGUCUCCCAGGUUGCUGGACUCGGUGGUCCCGUGAUUACCGGACAGAACCCGGCUAGUGCCACCGGUGUUGGAAAGGCUAUCCUGACUGCUCUGGGGCUGUAA